AGACCAGCGAAGAAGAAGGGUGCUUACCCUUUGAAGCCAGGGGUACAAGGUUUUUUCAUCUCCUGCGAUGGCGGACGCGAAUUCCAAGCUUCUCAGGAAGCUGUUAACGUCAUUGAUUCCUUUUUUGAGGAGCUAGUGCAUGGGACUGGCCUGAAAGUAAAUUCUUCUGGGUUGCUUGAGAAACCAAUAAACAAAAAGGUUACGUUUUCCUACAGCGACGAUGAAGAUGAGGAUGAGGAUGAGGAUGAAGAUGAUGAGGGUAAUAAUGGCGAGGAAGAGGAAACCAAAGGGGAUGGGGAUAAGAAGGAAGUGACCGAAGGCGAAAAUAAUCAAGUGAAUGAGAAAGAAUUAGCAAGCGAAGGGUCAUGUGAGGUCAAAAAUUUGGCAGAAAAUGAUACCGAGAAGAAGGAAGAAGAUGAAGGGAAACAAGAGACCGUUGUCGAAGAACCUCCAAGAAAGAAGACAUGUGUGGAAGAAGCAAAUGCAUCAACAAAAGCAAACGGAAAUGCAGAGACGUCUAUUGAUAAGCUGAUUGAUGCUGAACUGAAAGAGCUCGGGGACAAGAGUAAGAGGAGAUUUACGAAGUUGGAUCCGGGUUGCAACGGUAUUGUCUUCAUCCAAAUGAAAAGGAGAGAUGGUGACCCAAGCCCCAAAGAUAUUGCACAGCAUGCAAUGACUUCUGCUGCUGCAACAAAAAAACAUAUGUCAAGGUUCAUCUUAAGACUUCUACCAAUUGAAGUGUCGUGUUAUCCAUCAGAGGAAGAAAUUUCAAGAGCCAUCAAGCCUCUCGUAGAACAGUAUUUUCCCAUUGAGACUGAUAACCCCCGCAAGUUUGCUGUGUUGUAUGGAGCGCGUGCAAACACGGGGCUUGAUAGGAUGAAGAUAAUAAACACAGUGGCAAAAUCUAUACCUGCCCCUCACAAAGUUGAUUUGAGCAAUCCGGAUAUGUCGAUCGUGGUGGAAAUUGUCAAGACGGUAUGCUUAAUUGGGGUGGUAGAGAAGUACAAGGAGCUGGCAAAGUACAAUCUCAGGCAGCUCACGUCGACCUAG